GAGAUUUGGGUAAAGACCGGCGCGGGGAUCGCGGUGGAGAUUUUGGCCUGGAUCGCAGUGGAGAUCGCCGUGAAGUCGUGGGGAUACUUCACAGCGAAGAUCGUGGUGAAGUAUCGGAUGGCAGCGGAAAUCGCAGCGGAGAUCGCCGCGGAGAUGGCAGUGGAAAUUCCGGCUUGGAUCGCGACGGAGAUCGCCGGGCAGAUUUUGAUUUGGCAGUUUGGCUGGGUUGUCGUGACGGUUUCUCGCAUGGGUCGCAGCGGGGGGCACUUGGGAGAUCUUCGCCUGGAUCGUGGGGGCAAAGUCGCCGUAGAGAUGUGGGGCUGGAUCGUGGCGGGGGGUGCCGUUGAGAUUUUGGCCUGGAUCGCGACGGAGAUCGCGAAUUUGGCCUGGAUCGCGGGUGUAGUCGCCAUGGUGUUGUUUUGUACUUGGAUCGCGGCGGGGAUCGCUGUGGAGAUUUCGGUGUGGACCGACGAAGGUCACCCUGGAGAUUUGGGCCUGGACUGCGGCACAAAUCGCCGUCGAGAUUUUGGUUUUGAUCGCAUCGGGGGGCCCGUGGAGAUUUGGGGCUGGAUCGCAGCUGAGCUCGCCGUGGAGAUUUGGAUAAAAACCAGAGCGGCGGUCGCCGUGGAGAUUUUGCCCUGGGUCGCCGCAGGGAUCGUCGUGGAGAUGUUUGCAUGGAUCGCCACGGCCAUCGUCGUGGAGAUAUUGGCGUGGAUAGUUACUGACAUCGCCGUGGACGCUUUGACCUAG